AUGUUUCAUUGGGCCAUAUUGGUACCGCUUUUCUGCCAGAUCCUGUGCCUGAGGUGUGCACAGUACGCGGCCUUGGAGAAAAGGACGUCAUCCAGAUGGUUUGAUGCAGGAAUUUCGCCAAAGGCGAAGGGCUGGCCAGCAGUCCGGGGCAUUGUGGAAGUCAUCUUGGGUGUAGCAUUGAUCUUCUUUCUCAUUCUGCUGAUCCUUCCAAUUGCAGUCUUUCUCACAUCCUUCGAGGCCUUGAGGGAGCUUUUCCGGCUGGAUAGACCGCAAGUGGAUGAAGCAGAGGGCGAGGAACACCAGGUGACUUUGGUGCUGCCGGGGACCUGUUCAUAUCUCUUUUGGCAACUUGGAAUGAUCCAAUAUCUGUGCGAACAUUUUGACACCAGGCAUGCAAAAUUGGCGGGUGUAAGCAGCGGAGCCAUCAGUGCAGUGCUGUUGCUGCAGAUGGAGGAGAUCGCCACUGCUGCGACUGAGUCCUGCAAUUCAGAAACUUCAGGCCUCUGUGCGGCCAAAGCCGUGCGUCGACGAGCGCGGGAGGUCUUUGAGAUCAUCGAAGAUAGUGCUGAGGAGCUCAUGGUGUCCCCUUUGUCCUUCUGGUGCCGUUUGGGCAACUUGAUGGAGGAUCUCGCUCCUCGCUUGCUUCCUGAAGGAGAGACCAGUGCCUUGGGGUCUCGCUUACAGAUCGGCGUGCGGCGCUUGGCCACGGAUCGUGUCCCAGCCAUGGUUCCAGACGUCCUCACCAGCUUCGCAACUCGCGACGAACUGCUGGAGAGCAUUUUGGCAUCAUCCAACGUGUGGUUGGUGGUGAGUCUCCAACCCUGGAGAUAUGUUCCCAGUUUGGAUGCCCAAUGCAGCGAUGGAGUCAAUCCUUACUCCCUGUACUGCUUCUAUGACUAUUUGCGACAGCGGCUGAAUGGACAGUACAAGGUCAGUGCUCCCUCGCAUAUGCACGCAGGCGUUCUCGAUCGGAUCUAUGCUAUUUGGAAUUGCACCGUCAUGAAGGUGAUGCUGUCUUCCAGUGGCAAGAAGUUGUGGAUUAGCCCAACAGUUGGUGGACGUUUAAACAUCAUGUACUUCUUGAGGUUUUCUGGAUGGUUCAUCGGCUACCAGUGGCAGCAGGGCUAUCUCCAUGCCCAAGACUUGGAUGCCAGGGGCUACUGGCAAAGCUUGCCGCGUCGCUCUGGGAUGUAG